AUGGUUGAAGGAGACAGAUUUGAUAUUACUAUUUACAUCACAUCUUCCCAAGCCAGCAGUGAAGCUCACCCGGGCACCGAGCCAGGUAGCUGUGAAGCUCACCCGUGCACCGAGCCAGGCAGCAGUGAAGCUCACCCGGGCACCGAGCCAGGUAGCUGUGAAGCUCACCCGGGCACCGAGCCAGGCAGCAGUGAAGCUCACCCGGGCACCGAGCCAGGUAGCUGUAAAGCUCACCUGGGCACCGUGCCAGGCAGCUGUGAAGCUCAUCUGGGCACCGAGGCAGGCAGCAGUGAAGCUCACCUGGGCACCGAGCCAGGAAGCAGUGAAGCUCACCUGGGCACCGACCCAGGAAGCAGUGAAGCUCAUCUGGGCACCGAGCCAGGAAGCAGUGAAGGUCACCCGGGCACCGAGCCAGGCAGCUGUGAAACUCACCUGGGCACCGACUGUCCGCCUUGA